AUGGGCAAGAAAUUCAAACAUUCGGACAUAUUUCCUAGUAACCCAAUGCUCAUGUGUAUUUGCGGUAGUUCAGGUUCUGGGAAAACUCAUCUCACUUUUAACAUUUUGACAACACCAAACCUUUUAGAUUUCGAUUCUCUGUAUAUCUACACAACAACACCAGAGCAAUCGUAUUAUCAAUUCCUCAAAGCUUUAGAAUAUUUACCAAAGAAAGACAAUCCAUCUUUCAAUCCAACGGAUAUAAAAGUUUUUCUUACGAAAAAUGUUAAUGAUCUAGACUUGUCUAAUAUUGAUAGCAAUCGAAAGAACUUAAUAUUGUUUGACGACUGCGUAGCGCAAAGAAAUCAAACUGUUCAACAAGAAUUCUUCACCAAAGGAAGACAUCACAAUUGUCACUGCAUAUACCAAUCCCAAUCUUUUUACGGGAUGGAUUCUAUGUUCAUUAGAAAAAAUGCAAAUUGUUUUUUAUUAUUUGAAUAA